AUGUUCAGAAAGUCAAAGUCAUUAAUCCGUUCAAAAGCAGGUAAGUCGAAAGGAACAAUUAUUGAUAUUCCUGGAAAACAAAUAGGACCGACUCCAAUUAUAAUACCACAGUCUUCGAAUUCACUGGAGACAAAUAGUAGUAAUAAAGAUGUAAGAGGAGGUGAAAAUGAAAAGAGACAAUCAAUUCCUAUCAUUUCAACAGCUUCACGAAAUCAAGAAAAUAAUGAUUCAACUAUCUCUGUUAUGGAAACUCGGUCACAAGAUAUAAAGGAUAGCGCAAUACCUUCUACUCAAUAUGAAACGAAUUCAGAUGUUAUUGUAAUAAACGAGGAAGGGAGUACAAUUGAUGUUGUCAGUCAAGCACCGCAAGAUAUUUUGAUGGAUGAUUCUCAAUUUAUGUUACAAGCAAAAACGCGUUCUAGUGUGGAACAAUCUAAAUCUUCCGAGGACAAAACGCAAAGACGUUCUCUUCAAAAAUUUCCUACAAGUCCGAAAAUUAUCCUUUCAUUUACCAAUGAUUCGGUGGUUAAAUCAUCCUCUUCCUCAAAUUCCAACACUUCUCACAAAAGUGUUAUUGAAUCACAGAGUGCUCGACAAGAUGAUGCAGCAACUUCCCAACAUACGAAUGUAGAAGAAUCUGAUGUUGCAACAGAAGAUUCAUCAGUCCGAUCAAGACAACGUAAAGCACCCAAUUCUCGUAGUAAGAAACGAACGAGAUCAAAUAAUGAUGAUGAACAUUCCGAAGAUUCAACAUUAGCAACAUCAUCAUCAUCGAAACAAUCAAAACGUCGUAAACGUUCUAGUUCUGUUACAUCCAUAACAUCUUCAACUAAUACUGAUGGUAGUUCUACAAAAAGUAAUUCUACAGCUACCGGUAAAAAACGACGAAGUAAACCACGCAAACCACGUUCCACUACUCGUAAACAACAAACCAAUAAAAGUCGGGCGAAACCUUGGGAAGAUUGUCCCGAAGAUGAGAAUCCACUUGAUGAUUCAACAGUUACAAUGGCUGAAUUAUGUAAAGAUUUAAAAAGAGGUCGUAAAUCUAAUACUUAUAAAGAAUUAGAAUAUGCUAAAUAUCAAAAAUCGCAACAAAAGCGUAGACAACGUGCAGCUGCUAAUAACACUAGUGAGGAUGAUCAAUUGAAUAUAGAAGGAAAUGAAACGUUGACUUCUCAACAUUUGGAAGGUGAAAAUAAUGAGUUAGUCGAUGUUAAUAUUUCAGAACAAGAUCAAAUUUUUUUAAGAGACGAUCAUCAAGGUGAAGAAUGGGAGCAAGAUGAAGAUGGAAAUUGGAUUCAAUAUGAGAAUUACGACGAAAAUGAGGAAUAUCAGCAAGAAAACAUUGACGAACAGAUACAAGAUGAAAAUUCUAAUCAAAACGACAAGCCAACUCUUAUGAAACGCCGCGUGUUUACAACGCGUGGUAGUAGAUUCGUAAAUGCAGAUGGACAAUAUACAGUUCGUCAAGAACAAGAUUCGCGUCCACACAUUUACGAAAAUGACGAAGGAAUGGAAGUUAUAGAGGAAGAUAAAUUCUCUCAUAUUGUAAAUUCAUUUACUUACUCUAAAAAACCAAGAAAAAAUGAAAGAUGGACAAUUGAAGAUACAGAAUUAUUUUUUAAGGCAUUGUCACGUUGGGGAACUGAUUUUGAGAUUAUAUCGAGAAAAAUAUUUAAUAAUAGAAAAUCUCGUGAUCAAGUUAAAAAUAAAUAUAAAAGAGAACGUAAAAUUAAUCCAUUACGUGUUUAUAAAGCAUUAGAUACGCGUAUUCCUAUAGAGCCAGAAGAACUGGAAAUUAUUUCCCAAUAUACUGAAGAACUUGCUACGCCACAAACAGUCAACAAUACUCAAGAUGCAAAUACAGAAGCUUCUAGUUUAGAAGCACACCAAGAUGAUACAGUAGACGUUGAUGGAGAAGGCUUAACAUUUGGUGUUGAAUUGGAUGAAGAUCAUCAAGGAGAGAUGGGUUCUGUAUUUUCUUUUGAUGGUUAUCCCGAUAUAGAUACUUUACCAAUGGAAAUGGAUUAUUAA